AUGGCUAAAAGUCAGAAUAGUAGACCUGCUGGAGCUCUUCUAAGUGAUACAGAAAAAAAUUCACAAGUCAAUGCAGUAACGUUGAGAAAUGGGAGAAAGUUGGUAGAAGUGCCUAAGAAGAAAAAAGAGCAAUCUAGGCUCGAAGAAGAAAGAGUGCCAAAACCUAUAGAGGUAGAUGGGAGAAACAGAACAGAGUCUGAGCAAAAAUCAGAGAGGGUGACACCCCCUUUUCCUCAAAGAUUGAGAAAGAAGAAUGAUGACCACAUGUUUCACAAAUUCCUAGAUAUACUGAAGCAGAUACAUUUGAACAUCCCUUUGAUAGACAUGCUCUGUGAUGUCCCAAAAUAUGCAAAAUAUAUUAAGGACAUAGUGACAAAUAAAAUGAGGUUAAUCGAGUUUGAGACCAUAGCACUUACUAAGGAGUGCACUUCCAGGAUUCAACAUAAGCUUCCACAAAAGCUUAAGGAUCCGAGUAGUUUUACCAUCACCGUGAGGAUUGGUGAAUUUAAUGUGGGUAGAGCCUUGUGUAGUUUGGGUGCAAGUAUAAAUCUGAUGCCGUUGUCAGUGUUCAAACAAUUGGGCUUAGGAGCUCCGAGACCCACCACAAUGUUGCUACAGUUAGUUGAUAGAUCUUAUGUUUAUCCCGAAGGGUUAAUUGAGGACGUCUUGCUGCAAAUUGGGAAGUUUAUUUAUCCUGCAGAUUUUAUCAUCCUAGAUUACGUGGCUGAUGAGUUGGUUCCUAUCAUCUUGGGACGACCUCUUUUGGAAACUGGAGAUGCAAUUAUCAAAGUCCGAGAAGGAAGAAAAGCUCUUAAGGGUUGUGAGGGACCACAAACAUGUCAUUUGUUGGAUGAUGUCUGA